AUGGGGCUGCAGGUCUGGGCCCUGCUCCUGCUCCUCAGCCCAGGCUUUUCUGAAACUUUGAAAUUCUCUUACUCUGAAGUAAUAGUGCCAAGAAAGCUUGAACCAAGGGAUGGCAUAGAUACCAAGGAGGAGGUGUCUUAUCUAAUUAAAGUAGAAGGAAAGUUCCAUAUUGUUCACCUACUACAGAAGAAAAUGUUCAUAGCCCCAGAUUUCCCAGUUUUUACUUACAAUGAGAAGGAAGAAUUAAUAACAGAUUAUCCAUAUAUACAGAAAAGGAAAACUUUUUUUUGGACCAUGCAGGACAAUUGCUACUACUCUGGGUAUGUGGAGGAUGUCCCAGAAUCUGUUGCAGUUCUCAGCACCUGCUCUGGACUCUGGGGACAUUUGAAGAUUUACGAUUUAAACUAUGAAAUUGAACCUGUUAAAUCUUCCUCUACAUUUCAACACGUUAUUUAUCGAAUGGCAGCUGAUGAAGACUCACCUGGUCGAUGUGGAGUAACUGAUGAAGAUAUCGAAGAUCAAACAGCUAAAGGCAGAGACCAUCAAAUAUCUAAGGUUCAGAUGGAGAGACAGCUUGUAGUAGAUAAAAGUGAACUAAACACUUUGUACACAUCUACCAGAUAUUUAGAGUGUUAUUUUGUUGCAGACAAAGCAAAGUUUCGCCACGAAGAUUCCAAUGAAACUUUGUUGACAUUGAAGAUGCUCCAGUAUGUACAUUUAACAGACGAGAUGUACCGUCCAUUUGGCCUUCAUGUUGUUCUGAUUGCAUUAGAGCUUUGGACAGAAAGGGAUCUCAUUACAAUUACUCAUCUUUUGGAACAGGUUAUUGUAUUUUAUUCAACCUAUGUUGGAAAAUUCCUGAUGGGCCGUGUACAUUUCGACCACACACAAUUAAUUGUGGGUGGAAAAUAUCCAGGGAUUGAUGGAUAUUCAUAUGGAGACUAUCUGUGCACUGGUACUCCCUCAGUAGCUACUGUCAAAGCAAGAUCUAGAUCAGUGCUUUAUGAUGCAAUCAGUGUUGCACAUGAGAUGGGCCAUUCUCUUGGCUUCCCUCAUGAUAAUACUAAGAGAAAUACAGCUAGAGGCUGUGUUUGCAAAUGCCCUGGAGGAGGAAAAUGCGUGAUGUGGUCAUAUGCCUCGCGGAUAAUGUGCACAGAGUUCAGUAAUUGCUCCAGAGGAUACUAUUUCAACACGAUAAGAAAACCAGGAAAAACGUGCCUUCUUAACAUACCAGAAAAGAAAAUAUUUGGAACACAGAUGUGUGGUAAUGGUAUAAUAGAAGAUGAGGAGGAAUGUGACUGUGGUAUGGAUGAGGUGUGCCUACGGGGUGGUUGUUGCCUAUCCAAUUGUACAAUAAAGCCAGGUGCUGCCUGUGUUUCUGGACUUUGCUGCAAAAAUUGUCAGCUUCAUAGACAAGGGAAAAUAUGCAGAGAAAGUAUUGGUGAGUGUGACCUUCCCGAGUACUGCAAUGGGACUUCAAACUGGUGCCCACAGGAUGUAUUUAAGCAAGAUGGAACUCCAUGCGGUACCAAAGACUGUUGUUUCCAAGGGAGAUGCCAUAACCAUGAAAGACAGUGCAAAGCUGUAUUUGGCAAAGCAGCACAGCUGGCCCCAUUGAGUUGUUUCAAAGCAGUGAAUGCUAAAGGUGACCGGUGUGGCAACUGCGGUGGAGACGGACUUACUUACAAUAAGUGUCAAGACAAUGAUGUCUUGUGUGGAAGACUGCAGUGUGUUAAUGUUAAAAAAAUACCUCAGAUGAAAAGUCUUGGGUCCAUAGUUCAAACCCCAGUUGAUGAUAUCUUGUGUUGGGGUACAGAAUUUCAUGCUGGGAGAGACACGGUGGAUGUUGGCUCAGUGGGAGAUGGCACAGCAUGUGGUGAUAACAAGAUAUGUAUAAACAGGACAUGUGUCAAUAUAAAAACUCUGGAUUACGAUUGUAAUUACACAAAAUGCAAUAACAGAGGGAUGUGCAACAGUAAGAAAAACUGCCAUUGUAAUUUUGGUUGGGCCCCUCCAGACUGUACAUUAAAAGGAUUUGGAGGAAGUGUUGACAGUGGACCCCCUCCAACUACCACUAUGUCCAAUAGUGACAUUGUCAUCAUUAUGGGAAUAGCAAUUGGAAGCAUACUUCUUCUUCUUCUGGUUCUCAGUUUUGCUGUGCAUAAAAGAACUCAAAUUGCUCAGCUCUUUAGCAGGCCCUCCAGAAAAAGACAGACAGCAGAAGGUAGAUCUGAUGCUGCAGACACAAAAAGCCUGAAGAAAAAAAGCAGUAUUCGGUCUAAAAAUUAGAAGGGAAGCAAUUUGUUUAACAAAACACAGGAUACUGGACAUUUGAAAAAUCAAUUGUUUUCUUAUCAGUUCAGCCACUGAAAGAGCAUGAGAAACCCUGCUGAGAUAGUGGUGUGUCAAAACUGCCAGUGACAUGAGAUUCAUAAAGAAUUUCCUUUUUUUUAAACUGUCAGUUUAUUUUGUUCUUCUAUUCCACUUUUUAAUUUGAAUAAACAGGUUUUA